AAAGGUAACAUUUGUAAAAACAUAACAUACUUUUUUCUCCUUGACAUUAUAUUUUUAUUGUAAUGAAGUUUCACUAUUUAUAUCCGUUUCGGGACUUUCCCUUAGUGAAAACACAUCAGGAGUGUCUCACUGCCACGGAGUGACGUGAUCAACAUAAUGAAACCGUAACAAGUAUGGAAAAACUUUGGAGUGUUUUACCACCAAACUGUUGUUUGUUACAAACUGGAUCCUCAUCUUCUUCUGGUAACACGUCAGUUCCGUGCAUAUGCACACGGGCACAUCAAACGAUCGUUAAAAACGUAAAACGCUCGACUGAUUCACCAACAUUUUGGCAUUGCAGAAACGGAAUAACAUCCAACUUCCACGAUAAUAUUGAAGCUGACGCAAUAUCGUACAGAGACCAGGAGACAACACACAAUGAAACUCGUCUUCCACCAUGGUGCUGUCAGCACAAAGACGGAACGACAUCAAACUCCCGAAGUGCGCUAUCGGGUGCUGCUAAAACAAACAACAACACGGACACAUCAGAAGUCACCACAAACGAUGUACCAUUGCCACCGUGGUGUUGUCAAAACCGAGAUGGAACAACAAGCACCUUGAGCAUGUUGAGUGCUCUAACAGUUGAAGCCACUAGAUACAGGUAUGAUGAUUGCUAUACCGUCAAAUCUCUCUACCUUCAGUCGAACGCGGCAACUACAUGUAGCUCUGCCGACACGUAUACCUUGAAUGCAAGGAUGGAAAACUUGGAAACAACACUUAAUUUACUACAAAAAUAUUAUAAACGUAUGGAACAGGCAAUGAACCAACAAGUUGACAAGGUCGUCGAAAUUAUAGCAAAUGAUAUCAAUCAAGAGGAUGUCAUUAGAAUGUUUCUGGAUUAUAAUGGGAAAGACUUUACCAAGAUAAGAAACAAGAGACUGAAAGAUGCUGUACAAUUCAUGACGAACAGUUCUAAAACAAUGAGGAAUGCAUUGAUGCAACAAACAUCUGCGAUUAAGAAUCUGAGUGAUGCUUAUCAACGGACAAAGACGCCUCGAAUGGGUAAACAUGAAUUGGACAGCCAUGUUUGUCAAUGUUUAGGGAUCGAUGGAAGACGAGCAAUAAUUACAGAAACACCACAAACGGCUACAACGAAUUUAAACAUUUUAGAAGAUGACAAUGAUGAUAUGAGUAUUGCCGCCCCGACACCAUGUCUGAACGGAACAAGACAGGUCAUCCAUUGCAAUACCGGAAGUCAGAGAAUAGACAAACCAGAAUACCUAACUAUGGAUGACCGAAAUAACAAUAAUUACAUUCAUUCAAAUAACAAAAGAGCACAAUCUAAUUCAAAUAGGAGUCAUGUAAGACGUCCAUUGUUUUGCGAUCUAAAAGGAAUAUAUGUGUGAGUCCCCCCCUCCCCCAAGUGCAUGCUGUUCAGAUUUUUGUAGAAAAGCUGUAUCAUGUUGAACAAUACGGCAUCCUUAAAAUAUUGCAGAGUUCAUUCCAGUUUGAUAUGCUUUACAUGCAAUAUUCAUUGUAUAUAUAUGUUUAGUUUGGAAAAAUGUUACCUCGCACUAUAUUACCUUUCGUGCUAAGGUGGCGCAAAGAAAACACCAAUCAAUCAACCAACCAAUCGAACAAUGUUGUGCCAUAGUAAUGGAUAAAGACUCAAAUUGAAUAACAGGAAAGUGUACGUAGAGGUCCCAGCUCUAAAAAAGAUAGAAAAAUGCCAAUUGUUCAAUUAAGUCAAUACGAAGAUGGACAAUAAUAAAUUAAAGGUCGGAGGAAAGACGACACAAACCACUUCAAAACCGGUAGUAUACUCGUGCUUCGAAAGGGAAAACCACCCGGUCCCCUUGUUCUGCUGGUGGCACCUGUCGUUAUUCUCAUGACUAAACGGUUUGGUGACAUGUCGUGAACAAGGAAAAGAUGAUGGAAUUGAGGUUACUACGUGACUACGUAAAAUAUACACCGUUAAUCAGAUUAAGUAUCGGUUCAGGUAGAUAUGCAAAUUCGACAAAAGCCAAUUUACCGUUUCGAAUUUUGAUGACCAUGGGUAGUUUCAUUGUUCGUACCUCAAAAUGAAAGCAAUGUCACGUCAUUUGUUGAAUGUCCAUUGAAGUUUAGGACGUGUUUUUUUUUUUUUUUUUUUUUUAACUUAUAGCAACCUUUCCUUGUGUUCUUUUGUAAAUAUGACCAUAUAUUCUUCAGAUUCUGAAAUGGCGAACACAGGAAUUAAGGUUACGCUGCAGUUUUAUGUAAUGGCCUCUGUAUAGGCGUCUGAAGCUAUCUGUAACAUACAAACCAAUAAAUUUCACACGAUGCAACAUUUUGUCAAUUCUAGCUGUGCGAAAAAUACAUAUAUACAUAUAAAGUUAUAUACUUAAAAACGUACAUAGUUAUCGUAUAGUAUAUUGUAAUGGGCAAAGGAAAAAGAUUAAAUCGGUUUAUCUCCCAUUUGUCAUAAAUAUCUGAUUAGAAAAAUGAAAAAAAUACUUUUUAUUUUGCUAUAAUUCAAUAGAGAGCGACUAAAAGAAUGAGAUGUACUAAAAAAUUGGAAAAAACUAAAUUGCUUGUUUAUUAAUUAAAAGGAAACAUUGAUAAGAAUUUAUUGUACGGUAGAAUCGUUAUAAUAUUCUUUAUUCUUCACAAAAAGUGUCGACUUGUUGUCAAAGGUAAUACACCAAGCAAAUAAUUGGGGAAAAACUGUUUAUUGGUGUCAAAAAAUUACUCAGAGGUAAAUAUAUUAUAUCCCCAUUACCAAAUGGACUUGUUGUAUGUUUGAUAGUCCCAUAUUUUACACAUAAACAGUGAAGAGUCUCUAUUAAUGUGAAAUAAACAUUCGAUAUUUAGUCGAA